GCGUUCCACUCAUAAAGUGCUGUGCGGUCCAGCGCUGGUGACGUCUGUGCCGGUAAAAUGGAUUCGGGACCGGAGGAGCUGAUGCCGCGGCUCCUGCCUGUGGGGGACUGCGACCUCUCCGAGGACUUUGACCCUGCAGUCCCACCACGGACACCGCAAGAGUAUUUGCGGCGGGUCCAGAUCGAAGCUGCGCGAUGCCCAGACGUUGUGAUUGCACAGAUAGAUCCCAAAAAAAUAAGGAAAAAACAAACAGUCAGCAUAGCUCUCUCAGGUUGCCAACCUGCUCCUGAAGGUUAUUCACCAAGUCUUCGGUGGCAGCAGCAACAAGUAGCUCAGUUCUCUGCGGUCCGACAGAGCCUUCAUAAGCACAGAAGCCAUUGGAAGUCCCAGCCUUUAGAUAGCAAUGUUACAAUGCCAAGCACAGAAGAUGAGGAAAGCUGGAAGAAGUUUUGUCUGGGUGAGAAGUUGUAUUGUGACUUGGCUGCUGCUCUGAUCAAUGAAAACCAGAAUCCAGGUAUCGAUUAUAUAAAGGUUGGAUUUCCACCUCUGCUGAGUAUUGUUAGUCGUAUGAGCCAGGCGACUGUUACAAGUGUGUUGGAGUACCUUGUGAACUGGUUUGAAGAGAGGGACUUCACUCCAGAGCUGGGUCGGUGGCUGUAUGCCUUGCUUGCCUGCCUAGAGAAACCCCUAAUGCCAGAGGCUCACUCCCUCAUCCGACAGUUGGCACGAAGGUGCUCUCAAGUCAGAGCAGAAGUGGAACACAAGGAAGACGAGAGGGUGUCUGCUUUAAACUUGUUAAUCUGUCUCGUUGGCAGGUAUUUUGAGCAACGCGAUCUGGCAGAUUCUGGUGAUCCAUCCUGAAGAGAUGAGACUGCCUGCGCAACUUCCCAUGCAUACAGCAAUACCUGUCCAUUCAAAGCAAGUCUCCCUUCAUUAAGUGGUGUAUCUACCAUCUUUUCUGUUCAGAACUGGACUAUCCAAAGGGAAGUGGCAAUUGCAGAGCCCCUUUGUUUGCUGACUCAGUGCUAUGAAGGGCUACACCUCUGACUAUUGCACGUGAAUAUGUGAUGACCAGGAGUGGAAAAUGAUCCUGCUUCUUAGAUUUAAAGGUGUAGAAUUAAACUUUAUUUUUUCUUUAAAUGGCCAAAGUUGAAGAGCUUUUUAAGUGCCUAAAGGGUUUUGGAAACCAUACAUUCAUCCUCCUCAAAGGAUAAUGGCAGUUUUACAGAAAACCACCAAAGACCAAAACUGGAUCCAAUACAUUCUGGUGGCACCCUUUACCUCAGUUCAUUUGAAGUCCUCAAUUCAUGUUGCUUGGCUUGUAUGGGACUCGCUCAUCAUGUACAUUUGGCACCAG